AUGCCUCUAUUCUCAUCCCCAAAAGACUCAAGCGAAGACCGACCAAACGGUACAAAUGGGGCUGCUCGUUCCAACGACCCCGAGGAGGGUGAACAGGCUGUGCCAGAUGAGCACACUCGACUACUCCCGAACCGCGUCAACUCAACUCAGCCUGGUCUACUUGCCCCCGAUGAUCCCGCAGUGUCGCCCUAUAAUCUCUGGAGCAUCCGAGCUUUGCGAUACUUGACAAUUGCUUUUACCCUGAUAACGCUUGUUUGGUGGAUUCUGCUUCUUGUCUCUACUUUCGUGACGCCCCCUGGCAUUGGAACUCGUGGCAGCCCUUGGUUUGCUUUUGGAUUCGCGACGUGGACACUUGCGAAUCUCAUCUUUACACUUCUUUUCUUCGAGGUGCCAUCCAAAUCUGUCAGAAUUCUUGCCAUCUUCAUUUCCGGAGUUAUCCUCCUCGAUAUGGUUCUCAUCUUGUCCGUUCAAAAGACUCGACAUGAAGAGGGCUGGGUCGGUGCUGCCAGUGUCAUCUGGGCACUACUCACCAGUCUCUGGACUUUGGUGGUCGAUCGAACUGUCAAAUGGGGCAAGGCUGAGGAAGAGGAACGCUUGACAGGUCGGGCUGAGACGAGACGAACCUUGUUCGAAUGGUCCGAGGUGAUGAUUUCAACGGUCGCCUACGCCAUCAUGUCAGUGGCUGUAUUCCUCAUCACUGUGACCAUUAUCCUGCGAGCCCUCGACGCCGGUGUGUCAUACCCAGGAAAGCUGUAUCCGGUUGAUAACGGCAAAUAUCGCAUCCAUGUUUACUGCCACGGCAAUAAGACCGACUCCAAGGGCAACGAUCUGCCCACCGUAUUGUUCGAAGCCGGCGAACGAACCGUAGAAUACGAUUUCUGGGGGUUUGCGGAUAACGCCGUCAAGAAUGGUUCCAUUUCACGAUACUGCUUCGCCGAUCGACCUGGCUACGGGUGGUCAGAUAACGCACCCUCUCCAUCAUCAGCAGGCUUCGUGGUUGAUACCCUCAGUGAGGCACUGGCUGGUGCUGGUGAGAGCGGACCAUGGAUUCUCGCAAGUGCCGGAAUCGGAUCGAUUUAUUCAAGAGUCUUCUCAGCGCGCCACGGAGAUCACAUCAAAGGUCUGCUCCUUGUCGACCCCCUACAUGAGGAUCUUCUCGACGACGUUGCAUCACCCGGCCGAGGAUUCGUUCUCUGGCUCUGGGGCGUUAUCUCCCCACUCGGCCUGGACCGAAUCCCCGGUGCCAUCUUCCGCGGACGAACGAGCCGCGACCGAGUAUACGGACGAUCGGCCCAGCAGAAUGGCAAGUUCAUCUUUGCCAAACUGCAGGAGAGUCUGGUCGCCGGUUCGUUCACUCGGCGAGAUGCGCUGACCAGCCGUCAGAUCCAGGACAAGGAUACGCCGCUUGUUGUUAUUAGCUCCGGCAAGCACAUCAAGGAUAGCCAUACAUGGGAGAAGAAACAGCGAGACCUGACCAAGUUGACCAAGAACCUCAAGAACUGGGACAUCGUCGAUGGAGCACCCCAUGAGGUUUGGAGGACUCUUGAGGGCCGACAGAAAAUUGAGAAGAGACUCAAGGAGCUAGUGCAUGCUUGAGAAUAUUGAAUGUUUGAUGAUAAUGCUUGAAAUCUUAUUCAGAUGCCACAUCCACAGCCGAGCCUGCACGUGCCUUGUCUAUCAGCAUCUGGAGACCUCGAGGAUGUUGCAAGGGUUGAUAUGAUGCUUAUGAGACUGGGGGUUGACGGGAAGCUUGUGGAGCAAUUUCAGGGAUCGGAUUGACUGUGUGUGUGUGUGCAUGAGCAUCAGCAAUGCACGGCUUGGCUUUUCUGAUGCACACCUUGAAACGACAAGAAUGUUUUUAUGGCUUCAUGAUAUUUUGUUAUUACCGGCAAUUAGUCAUAGCAUGUAUCCGUAUAAUUUUAAUUUAUUUCAAUAUCAAAAUACCAGUCUAGCAACACAUAAA